AUCAACAAGAACGAUGCAUAACACUACAAUACGGCAUUGCGAUACUAGCUACAGUGUUUAUGGUAUACAGAGAUUGGAUGAGUGCGCGCCCCCCUUCGCGUUAAUUUUCCGGGUGUUAUGUUGUUGGUCGACGAGCCAUUGCUGCACGGCAAGCAAAACAAUACUCGUCGACGCUAUCCGCGAUUUUUUGUACCUCGGGGCCGAAGUUUUUGAUGCACGCUGGGUUUCGACAAUUUGGAGGGUGGAGAUAACUUCGUUCGCAGCGACUUGAAUUACAGUCCAUGAUGGCUACGACGAGAUGUCUUUGGAAAUGACCACAUCGAGUCCAACGUGUUCCUUCAGAAAUUUGUCUGCACAUGGGUGUAGGAGGCAAACGGAAUAUGCGUGCGGGUGUGGGAGGUAGCUGGUAACGAUGGUCCAACGAUAUAAAAGACAGCCUGGGCUGCGAAACAAUUACAGUGAAU